UCUUUUCUUUACACGGUUAUGACUUACGAAUUGUGGUCGUUGCUAUACGUAGAAUAGCUUAUUGGUGGUCUUGAUUUGCAAAGUCAGCAUUGAUGCAGAACUUGCUUACAUCUUUACACAAUUGACUUUGGUAAGCAAUCCUUUUCUUUCAAUCAAACUCGUGGCUGCAAAAUAUUUGUAUUGUAUAGUUAUGCAUGCAUGUGUAUAUAUCAUUUUUCAAAUCUUAUCACCAUGUCACAUAUAUAUAACAAUAAGUGUAAAAUACAUAAUAUCUGAGGUAGUGCGUAAUUGCGUAUCUUUGAUCUUGUUGGUCAAACAAUAUAGUUUUAUAUAGUGAAGGUAUAUAUUACCUAAAAAAGAUAAAUAUAUAUAGCUCUGGUUUCAAUAUUCUUAAGUUUAAAAAAAAAAAAAACAUUUGAAUUGUUCAACUCCUACAUUUUAAUAAUACACUUAACUGUCGAUCAUCUACAUCAUCCUUAAGAUAAUCAUAAAUCACCGGAAUUUCGAAAUUCUUGCUAAAUCAAUAGACUCAAAGCCACUAUAAUAUAUUCUUCUAUCUAGUGACUUGAUGAGAAGUUUUUAAGUAUUAAGAAUCGAAUGAUUAAGACACAAAAGAAAACUAAUGUAUUGGGUCAAGUCAACUAUUACACCAGUAUGAAACUACAUGAAACAUUACUUAUAUUGAAUAUUUAAAACUUGCACGAAUAGAGAAAGUCAGUCAAAAAUUUGUAUUGGCCAUUGGUUUCAUACAUUGAGAAACUCUCUCUCUCUAUAUAAUGUUAAGUGUACCUUACAUAGACAAUCAAGAGACUCUAUUAAACAUAUUCUCUUCUACAUAACAUAAUCAGGAAGAAGAGUAGUAGUAGUAGUAGUAAAACCUCAUCAAUGGCGAAAAAAACAAAGUCUGUUCAUUUCUCUACCUCUUCUCCUAAAUCACUCCUUUCUUCUUUUUCUUCAUUAACUUCCCUCCCGGCUUCUCCUCUUAAUCAGACUUUUUCUCAGUCGAUGAUGGAGGAAACCGUUGAGGCCGCGGAAUCGAUCAUCAAGAAAUGGGAUCUGAACUCACCGUCCUACACAAGGAUCAUCUCUCUGUUUAGUCAUAGCAGAAAAGAGGCCAAAGAAUUCAUCAGAUGCAUCCGUGACUUACGCAGAGCCAUGCACUUUCUUAUCUCUCAGCACUCUCAAUCUGCCAAGCUAGUUCUUGCACAGCAUCUGAUGCAGAUCGGUAUGGCCAGGCUCGAGAAAGAGUUCUUCCAGAUUCUGUCUUCAAACCGAGACCAACUUGAUCCUGAAUCUGUCUCUGGUCACUCCUCAAUUUCAAGCAAUUCAGAAUUUGAAGAUGUUAUGCAAUCUGAUGAUGAUGAAGAAGAUGAGCUGAAGAAGGCUGGUGAAACGAUCACCAAGGUCGAAAAAGCUGCAGCACUUGUGAUGUCAGACCUCAAGGUCAUAGCAGAGACUAUGAUCAGCUGUGGAUAUGGUAAAGAGUGCAUAAAGAGCUAUAAGUUGAUCAGAAAGUCAAUUGUAGAUGAAGGGCUACACUUACUUGGGAUCGAAAAGUGCAAGAUCUCCCGGUUCAACAGAAUGGACUGGGGCGUGCUCGAGCAUAUGAUCAAGAACUGGAUCAAAGCUGCAAAGAUUGGAGUCAUAACACUCCUCCGCGGAGAAAAACUUCUCUGUGAUCAUGUCUUCUCUGCUUCAAGUACCAUAAGAGAGUCUUGCUUUUACGAGAUAGUGAACGAAGCAGGAAUCAAUCUUUUCAGGUUCCCAGAACUCGUUGCCAAUAAGGAGAAAAAAUCAUCGCCCGAGAGGAUCUUCAGGCUGAUGGAUCUCUAUGCAGCAAUCUCUGACCUUAGGCCAGACAUAGAGCUGAUAUUCCACUUUGAUUCAGUAGCUGCUGUAAAAACUAUAGUCAUCUCAUCGCUGAAGAAACUCAAGCAGGCAAUCCACACAAGUCUCACGGAAUAUGAGUCGACAAUACAAAAGGAUUCUUCGAAAGCACUAACUGCAGGAGGAGGGAUUCACAAGCUGACUCGAUCAACCAUGAGUUUCAUAUCAUCUCUUUCUGAAUACAGCCGUGUCUUAUCCGAGAUCCUUGCAGAACAUCCUCUUAAGAAAAACGCCCGUAUGCUAGAAUCUUAUUUCACAGCUCCAAUCUUAGAAGAUGAACACAACAACCACGCAGUCUCGGUCCAUCUAGCUUGGCUCAUCUUGGUUUUCCUAUGCAAACUAGACAUCAAAGCAGAGAGCUACAAGGAUGUUUCUCUCUCUUACCUCUUCCUAGUGAACAACAUUCAGUUUGUGGUUGAUACCGUUCGUUCAACUCACCUCAGGAACCUCCUGGGAGACGACUGGCUCACAAAGCACGAAACAAAACUCAGAAGCUACGCUGCAAACUACGAGAUCGCAGCGUGGGCCAAUGUAUACAUAUCUUUACCAGAGAAAACAAGUAGCACACUAUCACCAGAGGAAGCCAAAGCACAUUUCAAGAGAUUUCACGCGGCAUUCGAAGAAGCUUAUAUGAAACAAUCAUCAUGUGUCAUAACAGAUGCAAAGCUUAGGAACGAGCUUAAGGUUUCCAUAGCAAAGAAAAUUGUACCGGAAUACAGAGAGUUUUAUGGCAAGUACUUGCCAACGCUGAGCAAGGAGAGAAACAUAGAAAUGCUGGUGAGGUUUAAGCCUGAUAACUUGGAGAACUAUCUCUCAGAUCUGUUUCAUGGAACACCAAUACUUAGUGGUUCUUCUUCUUCUUCUUCUUCUUCUUCUUCAUCUUGUAUCUCACUUGGAUGUGUAAGAAACUAAAGUUCAGAGUUAGAGCAUUUGCUUAGUAUCUUCAUCACUUAAACUAAAUGGAUGUGAUUAUGUGAAAUAUUAAAUAUGUAAGCAGUGCCGGUCCGAGCAUUUGUGAGGCCCUA